CCUCCCUCACAUCACUGCAGACAGAAAACAGCAGAGGACAGGUUUGCGUCGUAGUUCCUUACCUCACAGUCACACCCAUGGAUUCCCUGUUGUAAGGGAGAGGAGAGGUGUAUAAAGAAGGGGUUGAUCGUGAUCUAUUUAGUGCACUCUGAUACUAUUCGUUACAUUUCGCAGGAACAGGAAGUGGUGUACAGCUCAGUAGUGCUUGUGUUCGCCAUGUCAUUCAUUGAGGCUGAGCUUGCCGAGAUCAAGGACAAGCUAACUACUCAGGUGGAAGGCACCCGUAUUAUCCAAUGUCAUCCUGCUCUUGUUGCUGUGGACAUCAUGAAGACCAAGUACAAACAGAUGAUAGCCAGGUUCCAGUUCCCAGAAGGCUAUCCAGAUGUUCCCAUCUUGAUAGAACUACAGAGCAAGACAUUGUCCCUAAAGUUGUGUGAUGGGCUGUGUAAGGUGUGUGAAGCUGAGGCCAAGAAAAUCCUGGGCAAGAAACAGAUCUUACACGUUGUUUCCUUUCUGCGCACGUUCUUGGAUGAAAACCCCUUCACAGUUUGCAGCGACGAGCUCAGCUUCAUCAAGAAAGAUCUGGUGACCUCCACUGAUGAAAUAAAGACUAAGCAUAAGUCAGGAGUAAUCAUACUUAAAAUAAAUGAGGGCGGUUACUUCAUGCAUGUCCACUUGACUGUCCCUAACGAAUAUCCAACAAAUCAAGUUGAGAUAGAGAACAAAGCCUGCAACUUCCCAGCGCUGUUCGUGAUGACGUUCUUGGGGCAGGCGACAGAGAUGGCUCGCCAAUGUACGGAACCUCCACUCAGGAAGAAACCAAAAGAUCCACCCUUUGAGCCAACUCCCUCGCUAAGGAUCGUAGCGGAACACUUGGUCAAGUCAGUCAGGAGAUAUCCUCACGAGUGCUGUCCUCUAUGUAAAGAGCGAGCGCUACCCGAAGACCCGAAAGAUGUCAUAACUAGUGGUUCAAACAUGAAGUACGUGGAACGGGUGUAUUGUGGCCACGCCUUUCACUAUGGCUGCCUGAAUAAGUAUCUAAAGACGCCCCCUUUUGAAGGUGGGAAAAAGUGCCCCGACUGUGGUAAACGUGUCUACCACGACAAGUGGAAGGUAACCCCUGAGCUGGCAGAGGCGAGAUGGGCGCACAAAGAGGCGAAGAGAAGGGAGCUGGAUGAAGUCAUGGACUUUCUAGAGUGACGCUCAUGCUUUGUCAGAUAUUCAAAUUGCAGAGAAAUGAUAGUAUCACUGAGCACGAUGCAUAGUAUUUUUAAACCAAUUGCUUUAGACGCUGUCUCUUGCUUAGCUGAAAUAUGUUUUUACAGAAAUGUUCGUGUUGGGACUAUACACAGUGUAUAUUGUAUACAGCAUGUGGUUGCUAGUGUGAGGUAUUGUAUUUAUAAGUAAACCUCAGUAUAGAAAUGGUGGUCUUACACAUCAAUAUAUUGUUUCAACAAAUGAUUGUGAAUGAACUUCAAGAAUAAUGGAAUAUAUAGAGAUUGGGAGAUAAAUGUUACAAGGGUAUGAAUAUGAGUGUCAGAGCAAUUGUCCAUAUACUUGUAUGUUUUGUAAGCAAUUACAAAAAUUACAUUGUGUUUUUCCGUAAUUGGAAAUAUGGUACACUUGGAUAUGACAACUGUACUUUUGUUACUUCAGUCAGUUGGACUACCAUUUAAUACUGUGACAUUUGUUCACCAUUUACUCAAGUCAAAGCAUGGAAAAAAUAUUGCAUGGAAUGCUGGGAGUAUGCAAUAUUAGAUAAUUUUAACACCAUAUUUACUGUAGUAAGUUUCAGUCAGUAGUUCUUGGCUACUGUGGAUCUGUAUGGUAAGAGCAGCCAAAGUCAUUGCAAUGAAAUUAAAAAAUUUGUUCUUUGCCAAACUUAA